CCGGGUAGGGACUAUAGUACGAUGUGUCGUUAGGCUAAACGAGCAAACUUCUUACAAUGUCAAACUCAUCCCUGCAUGAACCCUGCGUGUGCUAUAUGAUCGUGUCCAUCUACUCAGUCCAAGGAUGUUGAGUCACGAGUAGAAAAUAACGGCAAACGCUGACCGUCAGAAGACCAAUGUUCGUUCCUUUAGGUGUAUAAAGUCAGCUCAAAGGCAUCAAAAAUCACUCGCCUGUUCCUGAACCCCCUCACCUGAACAGCAUGCACGCUUCAUUUUUCACCGCCAGACUCAGUUGCGCUUGCCACCAUUGCCUCAGUUGUGUCUGCUCAGAGUCAGUAAUACUUCGAGAUUCGAUUGUGCUAACAUUUAUAACCGCAAAACGUCUAGGUCUCCUCCCUGCUGGCUGUGACCGUAAUGUAACUGUUCAUUCUGGAGAUACAUGUGACAAAAUCUCCGCAGCACAUAAUGUUUCCACAUACCAGCUGGCGACAGUCAACAGCAAAAUCAUUGACAGCGGUUGCGAUAAUUUGGGUAUCGGAGAAGUUUUAUGCCUUGGAAUCAAAGGGCAGGAUUGCAAUGUUACCCAUGUUUUGAAGGGCGGCGAAACGUGCCAUAGCGUUGCCGAUGCAACUGGUGUCCCGGAAAAGACGUUGCUCGCGAACAACCCGAACUUAGGCUCCGACUGCAGUGGCGUAUAUCCUGGCGAGGUUCUCUGUACUGCGAAAAAGAUCUAUGUGACGAACACCUAAUCAAAUUGAGUCGAGAAGCUGAAAGUGAGAAAAAGGGAUUGAAGAUGUUCCUAGUUUUGACAUUAGUAUAUACAUAGGCUAAGUGAUAUGUCAAUUCGUCACAAUAGCAUUCGGAUUCAGACCUUCAAGUCUUUCGAUCGACGAACAAGUCUCCUUACUCAGGAGUCAGAGACGACAUACUACGAGUCCGCAACGCAGAGUCAAGUGACUCGUACGGCGUACCAGACAGUUUCUUCAAGAGAGAACCAAGACUUAGAAGUUCUGAGCAGGCCCCGAGUCGGUGGGUCGGUGACAGUGGGAUUUUUCUUGAAAAACUGACACGUGUGCACAUCACCAUGAUACUUACUGCAGGCACGCUUGCAAUAAUGUCCUUCCUAGCGACUGCUGAAGAGAAAGUGACAUUUACAGUUUAC